AUGCGAUGGUUUUUGAACACAAAUCAGUCGGAGAUUCUCAUUCAUAAUAUCGACUGUUGGCGGUUAACAAUGGAUAAAUUUGGAUUUAUUUAUGUUUGUGAUGAUCUUUGGAAUUAUCGUGUGAUGAAAUGGAGAAAAGAUGCACAGGAAGGAAUUGUUGUUGCUGGUGGAAAUGGAAGAGGAGAGAAUCUGAAUCAAUUGAAUCAUCCUCAAGGAAUCAUUGUUGAUCAUGAGGGUCGAAUUUAUGUUGCGGAUAUGUACAAUCAUCGAAUAAUGCGAUGGUGUGGAGGAGAUAAAGAAGGUGAAAUAAUUGUUGGUGCAAAUGGAAAAGGAGAGGAACCCAAUCAAUUGGCUGGUCCUUGUGGUUUAUCAUUUGAUGAUGAAGGAAAUCUUUAUGUUGUUGAUUGGGGAAAUCAUCGAAUUCAACGAUUUGAUUUUAUCAUUUGA